AUGGUCAAGAUAGCGGAACUCAAGGCAGACCAGUUGCGGUAUCUGCUAAGAGAAAGGAAUUUGGGAGUUUCAGGGUCCAGAGCAGAACUAGUGCAGAGACUAGUGGACCACGAAAAUUCGGAAGAAGUAGAUUUGGCACAUGCAGUUGGAAAUAUGAGCCAACAAGAGGAAGCAUUCACAGCACAGGCGGCUGCGAUUUCUCAACUACAACAGCAGAUGACGACGCUGACAAACAUGAUGGCGCAGUUUGUCAAUAAUAUGCCAACAGCUAAUCAGCAGCAGCAGCGGCAGCAACGGGAAGACGAAAUUGACAUAGAUGAUUUUAUCAACCGUAACCCUGGAGACCAAGCGGCGAUCAGCCAUAGACAAGCGUCGGUGAUGCGUUUGGGUGCAUCCAAUCAGGACAAGCUGUUCACUCGUUUAAUCCACAUCAACGAGAAAGGCUAUAACGCUUUCAUUGAUACUGGAAGCCAAGCCAGUAUUAUUCGCAAAUCCAUAGCGGACGAGAUCGGCGCAGAUCGACAGGAGUGCUUCAUGAAAAUUGUGGGCAUAUGUGGAGGUUCACGUAUCCUUACCGAAGCUUUGGUACUAGAUAUCAAAAUUGCUGGAAAAAUCGUGACAGCCAAAUUUUACAUCGCCGAAGACAAUAUGUUGCAGGAGGACUUGUUGUUGGGACAAGAUGUCAUCACAUGCGCUGAAUUGUUGUGGAAAUUCGAGCCAACCGAGAUUGAACUCAAGAGAGCAGUUCAUCAGCCGAAAGAAGCGGAACGAAUCAAAGUAUGCAGCUUGCUCGAGAAGUUUGCAAACGUCUUUUCCACAGGCUUAGAAGGCAUAGGCAAAACCAACGUUGUCCAGGCAAAAAUUGAUGUUGAGGGUGGCCAAGUAGUCUCUCAAGCGCCAUACCGAGUGUCCGAGCCAAAGAAGGAAGUUGUCGCCAAGAUGGUCGACGAACUAUUAGAGCGAGAUAUCAUUACUCCAUCAACGUCAGAGUACGCCAGCCCAGUGGUGCUCAUCAAGAAGCCGAACGGUAGUGACCGUCUCUGCAUCGAUUACCGCCGCCUGAACAAGCUGAUCAGAAAGGAAAAUUUCCCCGUACCGAAUAUUGAGGAAAGGUUGCAGGAAGCGAAGCGUUUCGUAUAUUUUUCGUCACUCGACCUGAAUAGCGGAUACUAUCAGAUCGAAAUGGAACCAGAGAGUAGGAAGUUCACGGCAUUCAUCACAACGGAUGGACUAUUUGAGUUUAAACGUCUUCCUUUUGGGCUAAAGAACGCACCUGCUGCAUUCAACAGACUCAUGGCAGAGUUACAGAAACGAGUGAAGAAAGGCGACAUGAUUCAUUACAUGGACGAUAUCCUCAUUGGCAGUCAAACUUUUGAUGAGAUGUACGAAAAACUAGAGAGAGUUUUACAAGUAUUGCGAGAGUGCGGAUUGACGUUAAAUCUAGGCAAGUACUUCGAAAAGCCAAACAAUAUCACCGAAGUGCGACAGUUUUUGGGUCUCACUGGAUACUUCCGGAAAUUCGUACCUGGAUAUGCAAUAAUAUCAGAGCCAUUGCGAAUCCUUUUGCGCAAAGACCAAAAGUUCAAAUGGGAGCAGCCACAAGACGAUGCUUUUGAGAAAUUGAAGAUAUCCCUCACGUCAAAACCUGUUGUAACUAGCUACCGCAUAGAUGCUGAACAUGAAGUACAUACAGAUGCAAGUGCCAUUGGAUUAGCUGGAGUUCUGAUGCAAAAAGAUGACGAUCAAUUAAAGCCCAUCGCAUAUUAUUCUCGAUCCACGUCCAAGCCAGAGAAAAACUACCACAGUUACGAGCUAGAAGCCUUAGCCGUCGUCGAGUCGUUGGAACGAUUUAAAUACUACAUUUAUGGAAAAAUGCUUCUAUAUGGUUAUGAGCCCCGAGAUGUCCUUAAAAACACGCUGACAAGUGUGAUCCAGAAUCAAGACCAAGGAAUGAUGACUGAUGCCGAAUUAGAGAAGCUCCGAGCUGACGCUGCGAACACUAUCAACGACCACAGAGCAGUUGCCAAGAAGAGAUACGACGCCGCCCAUUCCAAGCCAACUGUCUAUAGCCCUGGAGACAUUAUUUUGGUUGAGAACGAGCCUUUUAGCACAGGCACGUCGCGCAAACUAGAGCCGCGAUACAAAGGUCCUUUUAUUGUGUCGAAAGUGCUGCCCAACGACCGAUAUCUUGUUGAAGAUCUGCCACAUGCCCAACGAAAGCAGAGACAUUAUAAGUCAGUGUAUUCAUCAGACAAGAUGAAGCGCUGGUGCGAAAUCCCCCCCGAUGAGCCAGAUGAAGACGACGAAGAGGAAGACGACACAAAUUAA